AUGGUGGCUAAAGACUAUCUGGCCAGGAUACUGCAGCACGAGAUGGAUCAUCUCAACGGGACACUCUACAUCGACCGCAUGGACUCACGCACUUUCGGCAGCAACGAAGCUUUACUGGAGGAAAUGGGGG